AUGGCUUUGACGGCAGUUGGAUAUUUGCUUAUGCAUCGCAAUAAAGCUCCAGAAACUAGUUCAUCUAGCUCAGAUGAAGAAUGGGAUGCAAUUAUAAAAAACUAUAAUCGUGAAAACCGACAACUUAGGCCACGUAUUAUUGACUAUGAAAAUGUAAUUUUUCGCUAUUCGGAUGAAGAAUUUAAAAGUCAUUUCAGAAUUUCAAGGAACACAUUCAAUUAUUUACAUGAUAUAAUAGAAGAAAAUUUGGUUCGACAUGUCCCUGGGUGCCCUACAAUUCCAUCUCAUCAUCAAUUAAUGAUAGCCCUUUGGAAAAUGGCAACAAUGGAUUCAUAUAGAUCAGUUUGUGACAGAUUCAACGUAGGACGAGCCACUGCUGUGAGAGCUGUACGUCGAGUUUGCCACGCUUUAUUUAUAAAAUCCUCAAGAUUUAUACAAUGGCCUACGGGGGAACGUGCUAUAGAAGUGAUGCAUGGAUUUGAAAGAGCGAGUGGCUUUCCAAAAGUAAUAGGGGCAAUUGAUGGUACUCAUAUUCGUAUUAAUGGUCCAAAACAAAAUCAUGCAGAUUAUAUUAAUCGGAAAGGAUUUUAUUCUAUUCAGUUACAGAUCGUAUGUGAUCACAAGACUCUGAUAACUCAUUGUUAUGCUGGACAUCCUGGGUCUGUUCAUGAUCAGAGAGUUUUCCGUUUAUCAGAAGUUGCAGAUUACGUAAAUGAUGAUGAUAAAUUCUUAGAAAAUUGCCAUAUGCUAGGCGAUGCUGCGUAUGAAAUACAUCAACACUUACUUACUCCGUAUCGAGAUAAUGGACAUUUUACUGGAAAACAAAGAAACUAUAAUUAUCGUCAUUCAGCUGCACGAGUGACUGUUAAACGAUGUAUUGGAUUAUUAAAAGGACGCAUGAGGAGUUUAUUACAUUGUCUACCAAUGACAAGAGUCGAUUUAAUGGCAGAGUACAUCAUUGCAUGCUGUGUCGUCCACAAUAUCUGCAUUUUACAAGGAGAUGAGUUAAAUGUAAUCACUAUCCCUGAACAUAAUCAAGAAAACGUAGAAAAUAAUGGAAACUAUUCACGUGAAGUCAGGAGAAUUGCAGGAGUUAUUAAAAGAGAUGCUAUUAUGAAUUCCUUGUAA